UGAUCAUCUGUCUUUAUACAUUUUGCAUCAUGUUUGUUUUUUGAGAAACGACAAAUUUUUUGCUGAAAUAGACGUAAAAGCGGCAGUGACACUUGUCUUAAAAACCGAUACUCACGGAAUAAACGUGCAACGGAAAAGAUGUCAGCAAUGUAUCUGGCAGAAAACGUUUUUAUAUCUUACACUUCCUUGAUGGAUGGUACAAUGCUUUCACAUGGCUAUUCUGGCAUCUCGAUAGCAAAACGUUGGGUGCUUGCUCAUGGUUCCAUAUUAGCUCCCAUUUUACUCCGAUCACAAAAUUUUCUCCAUCUUCUUACAACUUUAAGCCCUGGAUAUUUAUCUAUGAUUCGAACAUCGGAACAAUUAAUCCAUGAUUUAACGUUUUUUAUACAUCGUAGCCAGGCGUUAAAGGAAUUCGGCAAGGUAGUAGCUAUUUGGAAAUGUCCACUUUUAAAGCAAACGCUAGAGGACUCUUUUCGAAAUUGGACGUUUCGAAACCAAGAUGAUUUUGAUCGUCUUUUAAUACCGAUCUUCCUGAUAAUCAAAUGUAAGUCGCUCGAGUCAAUCAGUCAAACAAGAGAAUCAGAAGGACCAGAGAAACAGUGGAAAUUCAUUGAAAAUGAACAGGAGCAAGCAUCAGAGGCAGCAGAUAAAGCGAAAGUUGAACAUGUUUUACUUCAACUUGCGAAACAAGUUGCUACCGGCAGACUUACAAAAGGAGCUAUCGCUGAAUUGGUUUCCACACCUUUUGGCAAUCCCUUUUUCCUCGACUCCGUGAGUCGUGGGAUUAUUGGAAACUUACUUGGGACCAAUAACUGUCUCAUCCUAAUGGAUGUAACUAGUUUCCCUGGAUCCGAAGGCAGCCCUGUAUUUUUAAUUAACGAUCGCGGUCGUAGAAGUAUUUGUGGCAUGAUAAUUGCAUCGUUAAGCUGCUGCCGUGGAGAAUGGGUGAAUUGUACUUUCGCCGUAAAUCUGCUACCAUCGUUGAAAUUAAUUCUCCAAACUCAACUUCUGAAAAACCAAUCUCGAUAUUUAACCUGCACCAUUUUCCCUUUCACGUGGCACAAUCGUCUCGAAAUUGAUACCCUUGAAAAAUGCAUCGCGAUCGUAAAGUGUGGAUCGAAUUGGGGCACUGGCACUCUAGUAGAUGAACAAAGUGGAACAUUCAUAACGUGCGCGCAUGUUGUUACAAUGGCACCGGAAGCGCGGAUCGAAAUUGCAAGGUCUGUUAUGUCACCAACAGGUAGACACGAGUGGUCGGCAGAUGCAAAUCUAAUUUACAAAACACCGAACGGUAAACCUUAUGAUAUAGCUGUAUUGAGGGUUAAUCGAAAAUUCCUACAAUCCACGAUGAAAGCUAUUAAAUUUGCGGAGAAAUCUGUACGUAAGGGAGAGCAAAUACUCUCUAUAGGUUUUCCAUUCACCUCGGAAGGCCGACCGACUAUUACUAACGGAGUAAUAUCGAAAACAUCGAGUUACAUGUUUCAAACGAAUUGUUGCGUACACAGUGGUGUCAGUGGUGGACCUAUUGUUCGACGUGCCGAUUUCAAAAUGCUAGGAAUAAUUGUUUGCAAUGUUGCUUCGAACAACGGCUCAGUUUCAUAUCCCCGGUUAUGUAUGGCGAUACCGAUUACUAUUUUACAAAGACCAUUGAAUGAUUACCUACAAGCUGCUGAUCCUAAAGCAUUAGAAAAACUAACAGAGCAUGAUGUAAAUGUUACAGCCAUCUGGAAUCUUCGUCCAUUUCUUUUAUCCAAUAUAUGA